AACUCAGGUGUUGCGUACCUGCGCGUCUACCUGCCCGAACCUGUUCCAGGAAAAAGAACCCAUGAGCUUUUCGACUUAUUUUAUCUGGAAGUUGUUAACCUGUUUGUUCCUGUAACACCUGCGAAGACCAGAAGGGAAGUACGGCGGCUACGUACAAGUGAUUUUUCUGCUAUGGCUCAUCGACAUGUAUUGGCCUAUUUUUUCUGUGCUUUCGCCCUAGUUAUAGGACAGUCUCCACAAUAUGCACUCAAGGGGCGGGAGGUCAAACUGAAACCAGCCAUCCCUGAACAUCCUGAUGAUAUUCUGUGGAAACAUAAAGGCCACAAAGCGGUAGAGUAUGAUGGCAUGGAGCAGAUGGUGUUCGGCAAUUAUGAAAACAGGGUGACUCUUGACUGGAGUACUGCAGAGCUCACUAUCACACAUCUCACAUAUGAAGACAGUGGAGACUAUGAGUUGGAAAUAACCAAGGGUAGAAUUGUUCAUCGUUCAAAUCACAAAUUAGAGGUCAUGGACAAAGUUGCCAAGCCCACCAUAUCCUGUGAGAUGAUCGACGGCAGCGGCUCAGACAAACUUGGAAUCCAGGCAACACUAAUGUGCUCUGCAGAGCCCAGUCACCCUCAGUCGUUAAUGAAGUUAGAGUGGAGCUCACGGCCUGGCCAGCCAGUGCAGCCUGGCCCAAACAUAACAAUAUCUCUGGGGGAUGGAUAUGAUGAUGAAGAAUACAGUUGUAGUGUGAGCAACCCUCUGAGUAAUGAAAGAGCUACAUUCAUUGCAAAGGAUUGCUACCCUGACAAAAGUUCAUCUACAGGACUGAUUAUCGGCCUCGUCAUCUUGUUUUCAAUUAUUGCUCUACUCCUGUUCCUGGGCUUCAUAUUCCGUAGAAAACUUGCUAAAGCAUGCUGUGAAAAAGGAAAAAGAGGUGAUUUAGAACAGUCACCAGGAGAACGGAGAAUGGAAGGGUCAGAUAACAAGGCAUCUGAGAUUGAGGAAAAUCAGCCAUUCCUUGACAGAGCACCCACACUUCCCUCUAAACAGCUACUUCGCUCAUUGGUCCAAACGGAGCCUAAUGACUCUGCUAGUGAACACAAAGAAGCCAAAUACUCAGAUCCAGACACUGAAAAAGCACAAGAAGUAUCUGAUUGGUUGACAAAAAAAGGGUCUGUCAUGGAAAUUAGAAAGCGUUUUGAGGCAGACAAUGGUGGACAGAUUUUCCCCUCAAAAUUUCCAGCAGACACACAGAAAGGGAAGAAUGCAGACAAACCUCUUUUCUCUCCUGGUCCUGAGCCUCCCUCACAUCUGGAUGUGAAUACUGAGCCUGUCCAUCAUGCUAGCAAGGACAAAGAAGCUGAUGCAGAUGUAGUCAGAGAACCCACAGAGAAUGAGCCCCCACAAUGUGAUUUGUCGAACUCUGAGGAGGCAAAUAAACCAGACUACAGUGAGGACAUGCAGUGUGAUGUGCAAUCACCCACUUCUCCCAAACAGACAGAGCCAGAAAAGGAGGCAGAUGAGGAUGAGGAAGAAAAGUCUGUUCCUGCCAGUGGUGUCCCUCCUCCUUCUCCUCAGCCUCGGCCCUCUUUGAUUCAAAGCUCUCCACAUAUGUCACCUGAGGACAUCACUGUUAACCUCAAGGAAGAUUCCAACUCAGAUCAGGUCACUGGAGAAACUGCAGAGAAAAAUCACAUGGAGUCUAACUCAGCAGAUGACUCUAGUGAGGAGGAACAGUCGUCCACCAUUUCUGACCAGAAAGGCUCAGAAACAACUGCACAUGAGCAAGAUUCACACUUGGCACAGGGAGAAACUGACAAAAGAGAAGAUAACCAGCAAGAAACUGACAAACCAGUUUCUGAAGAUGAAAAAGAAUCUGAUGGUGUAGGUGAUCAGGAAUCAAUAGAUAAGGCACAGAAUCAGUCUGUAGCGACCUCCCAGCAGCCUCAGACUGCCACACUGACAACACCAGACAACAGUAACACCAAUACCUGUCAAGAGUCUCUGGACACUGCCCAGGCAGAGCCAGAACAAGAGAACAAGACCACACAUGACUCAGAUGAGUCUGAGAGACAGCCAGACAGCAGCACAGCAGAGAAAUAUAAAAGUUACGUCAUGAAAGUUAAAGAACGUUUUGAGGCAAACAAUGGUGGACAGACUACCCCCAAAAGACCACCAGCAGACACAAGGAAAGAGCCAGAAAAGGAGGCAGAUGAGGAUGAGGAAGAAAAGUCUGUUCCUGCCAGUGGUGUCCCUCCUUCUUCUCCUCAGCCUCAUCCCCCUUUGACCCAAAGCUCUCCACAUAUGUCACCUGAGGACAUCACUGUUAACCUCAAGGAAGAUUCCAACUCAGAUCAGGUCACUGGAGAAACUGCAGAGAAAAAUCACAUGGAGUCUAACUCAGCAGAAGAAUCUGAUGGUGUAGGUGAUCAGGAAUCAAUAGAUAAGGCACAGAAUCAGUCUGUAGCUACCUCCCAGCAGCCUCAGAGUGCCACACUGACAACACCAGACAACACCAGACAACAGUAACACCAAUACCUGUCAAGAGUCUCUAGACACUUCCCAGGCAGAGCCAGAACAAGAGGGCAAGACCACACAUGACUCAGAUGAGUCUGAGAGACAGCCAGACAGAAGCACAGCAGAGGAAGACAAAGAUGAGUGUCAAUCUGUUGAAGAGAAAAAAGAGGUCCAGUGUGGCCCAAAAGAAGGAAGCCAGGCAACAUGAGCCAGGAAAGUAAUAGUUUACAUUAGGUAAAAAGUGAAGUGCACUACUUGUUCAAAAAAAAAAAAAGUAACAAUAUAAAAGGCUCACUGUCUCCUUUAACCUUAAUCCUACCAACUUGGGUACUUGCAGACCCCAGAGGUAUACUUUUUGUCAUAUCUCACAGGUGUUUUAUUCUAUUAUUGCAAUUGUUCAUGACUUUGUCAGUCAAUUUGUUCCUAAUGAAUUCAUUCAUUGUUUUCUGUUUCUGUUUUAAUUAAUGCUUUUUAAAAAAUACUAAUGUAUCAGGGUCCUGGGAGACCCCAGUCAAAAGCCAAUUCCGUCUAUGCAGUUUUCAUAGAUAGAACUAUUUAUUGAGUUCAUGUUUGCUAUGGGUCCUAAUUUAAAGUACCACACACUGUCAGAGGGAUAGGGGACAUUCUGUCAGUCAUUUUGAAGGCUUUGUAGAAUGAUUGUACUUGGGAUAAAAGCUGCAAUUUGUAUCAAAGAUU